AAAAUGAUUAAAAAAAUGAAAUUAUCUAUAUGUGCUGAUUAGUAGCUAGCCAUCUAAAGAGGAUUUUAUCUAAGCAUAAUUUUUACUCGGUCGUUGAGCAGCUAGCUUUUAGUAAAUUGAAAAUUGUAAAAAACUGACCAGUGACUUGUAAUCAGUUUUUCCAAGGCAUUUUUUCUACUCUGGAGUUUCUUCGGUUGCUUCCGACGCGUUCAUCAGUGUUCUCUCCGCAGUUGUAUUGCAUUACAAGUAAAUGCUUAUUUUGCAAAAUCGAGAAAUUGUAACGUCGUAAAUCGAGGCCAAGAGGCCAAAAACGUGCCAAGAAGACGCGAAAUCACGUGCGAAACAGAAUUUCGUCACGUGCAGCAAAAGCAUCAUAUACGCACGCACGCUUUUGGUACCAGCUGAUCAGCCGUCAGUACACGCACGAUGAUGGCCGGGAAUUGGUUGAGUUUGAAUCGUCGUGGUUUUCAAUUGGUCGAGAACCUGUUAAGGGCUCGAGGCUAUUGUAUAAAGAAUUUCGUCGAUCAAGGACAGCUGCCAAACGUCUGUGGGCUGCUUAGUCGCAGAGAUAUACAUCUUUCAACCACGUGUCGUAUACCGGAACGAAAAAUGGCAGACAUACUUCGUAACAACGUUUGGGAGACCGACCCCGAACUUUUCGAAUUGAUGAAGAAGGAAAGGAAACGCCAGGAAUCCGGAUUGGAAUUAAUUGCAAGUGAAAACUUUACGUCUCUCAGUGUUCUACAGUGCCUAAGUUCGUGUCUGCACAACAAAUACAGCGAGGGAUAUCCUGGACAAAGGUACUACGGUGGAAACGAAUUUAUCGACGAAGUUGAAUUACUGGCGCAAAAGCGCUCCUUGGAAGCCUUCAAUUUAGAUCCGGCAAAGUGGGGCUGUAAUGUACAACCUUAUUCAGGAAGUCCAGCGAAUUUCGCGGUAUAUACCGGCUUACUCGAACCUCACGGACGUAUAAUGGGCCUAGAUUUGCCUGAUGGUGGUCAUCUUACUCAUGGUUUCUUCACGGCGAACAAGAAGAUUUCCGCUACAUCUAUUUUCUUCGAAUCGAUGCCGUACAAAGUUGAUCCUGUGAGUGGUUACAUCGAUUACGACGAGCUCGCGAAACAAGCGAGAUUAUUCAAGCCGAAAGUCAUCAUCGCUGGAGUUUCCUGCUAUAGCAGAUGCCUGAAUUAUAAACGUUUCCGUGAAAUUGCUGACGAGAAUAAUGCUUAUCUCUUCAGCGACAUGGCUCAUGUCUCUGGAUUGGUCGCUGCUGGAAUAAUACCCAGUCCUUUCGAAUAUAGCGAUGUUGUUUCGACAACUACGCAUAAGACUUUACGAGGUCCGCGCGCUGGCGUUAUUUUCUACCGAAAAGGCGUCCGAAGCGUCACGAAGGACGGCAAGGAGAUUUUGUACGAUAUAGAGAGUAAAAUUAAUCAGGCAGUCUUCCCAGGUCUUCAAGGCGGGCCUCACAAUCACGCUAUUGCUGCUAUAGCCACUACUAUGAAACAAGUUCAAACACCAGAAUUUGUCGCUUAUCAGAAGCAAAUAGCGGCUAAUGCGAAGAGAUUGUGCGCCGGUUUGCAAGAUCGCGGUUACAAUAUCAGUACUCAAGGUACAGAUGUCCAUAUGUUAUUGGUGGAUCUAAGAUCAACGGGUAUCUCCGGUGCGAAGGCAGAGAAGAUUCUAGAAGAUAUUUCUAUUGCUUGCAAUAAGAAUACUGUUCCCGGCGAUAAAAGUGCAUUGAAUCCUAGUGGAAUUAGAUUGGGAACACCCGCACUUACAACUCGUGGCUUCGUCGAAAAAGAUAUUGACAAAGUCGUGGAUUUUAUAGAUAGAGGAUUGCAGCUUUCUAAGGAAGUAAGUGCUAUUUCGGGUCCAAAGUUGCCUGAUUAUAAGAAAGUAUUAAGUAGCGACGAGAAAAUUAAAGCAAAAGUUGCGGCUCUGAGGGAGGAAGUGGAAACGUUUUCAAGACAAUUUUCAAUUCCUGGUCACGAUAUAUAUUAAUUGCAGCAGCACUAUAUAUAACAAGGGAGCAGUCGAUGAAAGUAUUUGGAUUGAGAAAUAAUAUAUAAAAGUUCCAUAUUCAGCAUCACACUGCACAGUGUCUCACCUUUAAUCAAUCAAGUUCUUGUACAGCAUGUGAAGUUGAAGCUACAUUUCGUUGUUCAUCGUCUGAAUCAUCAUCCUCCAGGCCAUUGAAGAAAGAUUGCAAUAACGAACCGAAUAAUCCCUGAUUGCGUGGACGUGGAGAUGGAAUAUUGAAAAAGAGUUGGCCUAUUUUAUCUAAGUACUGUCGAUAAUACGGAUCUCUAUUUAAAGAUAUCUGGUACUGUUCACAAAGAAUUGUAAACACUGCUAGUUUACCACUGAAAAAUAUCAGAUUAAAAAGAAACUAAUGAUAAACUUAUCACAAUGAAAAUGUAUACAUCUAUUGUAAAAGUACAACAUACCUGUCAAUUGUUUUCAGUAAAAAAAAUAAAAAGUUUAAUAAAGGAAGAAGA